GCGGAAGCGGCACUCGCGCACACUAGUCGUCUGGCUCGCUGGCUCCGGAAGUCGCGCUCCUUCACCCUCCUCGUUGGUCUCUUGUCACUAUGGCGCUGGCUGUCUUGCGGGUCCUGGAGCCCUUUCCGACCGAGACACCCCCGUUGGCAGUGCUGCUGCCACCCGGGGGCCCGUGGCCGGCGGCGGGGCUGGGCCUGGUGCUGGCCCUGAGGCCUGCAGGGGAGAGCCCUGCAGGGCCGGCGCUGCUGGUGGCAGCCCUGGAGGGGCCGGACGCGGGCACCGAAGAGCAGGGUCCCGGGCCGCCGCAGCUACUGGUUAGCCGCGCGCUGCUGCGGCUCCUGGCACUGGGCUCCGGGGCCUGGGUGCGGGCGCGGCCGGUGCGGCGGCCCCCGGCGCUAGGUUGGGCACUGCUUGGCACCUCGCUGGGGCCUGGGCUUGGACCGCGAGUCGGGCCGCUGCUGGUGAGGCGCGGAGAGACCCUCCCAGUGCCCGGACCGCGGGUGCUGGAGACGCGGCCGGCGUUGCAAGGGCUGCUGGGCCCAGGGACUCGGCUGGCUGUGACUGAGCUCCGCGGGCGGGCCAGACUGUGCCCAGAGUCUGGGGACAGCGGUCGGCCCCCACCCCCGCCCGUGGUGUCCUCCUUUGCGGUUUCUGGCACAGUCCGGCGACUCCAGGGAGUUCUGGGAGGGACUGGAGAUUCACUAGGGGUGAGCCGGAGCUGUCUCCGUGGCCUUGGCCUCUUCCAGGGCGAAUGGGUGUGGGUGGCCCGGGCCAGAGAGUCAUCGAACACUUCACAGCCGCACUUGGCCAGGGUGCAGGUCCUAGAACCUCGCUGGGACCUCUCUGAUAGGCUGGGACCCGGCUCUGGGCAGCUGGGAGAGCCCCUCGCUGACGGACUGGCGCUCGUCCCUGCCACUUUGGCUUUUAAUCUUGGCUGUGACCCCCUGGAAAUGGGAGAGCUCAGAAUUCAGAGGUACUUGGAAGGCUCCAUCGCCCCUGAAGACAAAGGAAGCUGCUCAUUGCUGCCUGGGCCUCCAUUUGCCAGAGAGUUACACAUCGACAUUGUGUCUUCUCCCCACUACAGCACUAAUGGAAAUUAUGACGGUGUUCUUUACCGGCACUUUCAGAUACCCAGGGUAGUCCAGGAAGGGGAUGUUCUAUGUGUGCCAACAAUUGGGCAAGUAGAGAUCCUGGAAGGAAGUCCAGAGAAACUGCCCAGGUGGCGGGAAAUGUUUUUUAAAGUGAAAAAAACAGUUGGGGAAGCUCCAGAUGGGCCAGCCAGCGCCUACUUGGCCGACACCACCCAUACCUCCUUGUACAUGGUGGGUUCUACCCUGAGCCCUGUUCCAUGGCUCCCUUCAGAGGAAUCCACUCUCUGGAGCAGUUUGUCUCCUCCAGGCCUGGAGGCCUUGGUGUCUGAACUCUGUGCUGUCCUGAAGCCUCGCCUCCAGCCAGGGGGUGCCCUGCUGACAGGAACUAGCAGUGUCCUUCUUCGGGGCCCCCCGGGCUGUGGGAAGACCACAGUAGUUGCUGCUGCCUGUAGUCACCUUGGGCUCCACUUACUGAAGGUGCCCUGCUCCAGCCUCUGUGCAGACAGUAGUGGGGCUGUGGAAACAAAACUGCAGGCCAUCUUCUCCCGGGCCCGCCGUUGCCGGCCUGCAGUCCUGUUGCUCACAGCUGUGGACCUUCUGGGCCGGGACCGUGAUGGGCUGGGUGAGGAUGCCCGUGUGGUGGCUGUGCUGCGUCACCUCCUCCUCCAUGAGGACCCCCUCAACAGCUGCCCUCCCCUCAUGGUUGUGGCCACCACAAGCCGGGCCCAGGACCUGCCUGCUGAUGUGCAGACAGCAUUUCCUCAUGAGCUUGAGGUGCCUGCUCUGUCAGAGGGGCAGCGGCUCAGCAUCCUGCGGGCCCUCACUGCCCACCUUCCCCUGGGCCAGGAGGUGAACUUGGCACAGCUAGCACGGCGGUGUGCAGGCUUUGUGGUAGGGGAUCUCUAUGCCCUUCUGACCCACAGCAGCCGGGCAGCCUGCACCAGGAUCAAGAACUCAGGUUUGGCAGGUGGCUUGACUGAGGAGGAUGAGGGGGAGCUGUGUGCUGCUGGCUUUCCUCUCCUGGCUGAGGACUUUGGGCAGGCACUGGAGCAACUGCAGACAGCUCACUCCCAGGCCGUUGGAGCCCCCAAGAUUCCCUCAGUGUCCUGGCAUGAUGUGGGUGGGCUGCAGGAGGUGAAGAAGGAGAUCCUGGAGACCAUUCAGCUCCCCCUGGAGCACCCUGAGCUACUGAGCCUGGGCCUGAGACGCUCAGGCCUUCUGCUCCAUGGGCCCCCUGGCACCGGCAAGACCCUUCUGGCCAAGGCAGUAGCCACUGAGUGCAGCCUUACCUUCCUCAGCGUGAAGGGGCCAGAGCUCAUUAACAUGUAUGUGGGCCAAAGUGAGGAGAAUGUGCGGGAAGUGUUUGCCAGGGCCAGGGCUGCAGCUCCAUGCAUUAUCUUCUUUGAUGAACUGGACUCUUUGGCCCCAAGCCGGGGGCGAAGUGGAGAUUCUGGAGGAGUGAUGGACAGGGUGGUGUCUCAGCUCCUUGCCGAGCUAGAUGGGCUGCACAGCACUCAGGAUGUGUUUGUGAUCGGAGCCACCAACAGACCAGAUCUCCUGGACCCUGCCCUUCUGCGGCCUGGCAGAUUUGACAAGCUGGUGUUUGUGGGGGCAAAUGAGGACCGGGCCUCCCAGCUACGCGUUCUAAGUGCCAUCACACGCAAAUUCAAGCUAGAGCCAUCUGUGAGCCUGGUAAAUGUGCUAGAUUGCUGCCCUCCCCAGCUGACGGGUGCAGACCUCUACUGUCUCUGCUCUGAUGCCAUGACAGCUGCCCUCAAACGCAGGGUUCAUGACCUGGAGGAAGGGCUGGAGCCAGGGAGCUCAGCACUGAUGCUCACCAUGGAGGAUUUGCUGCAGGCUGCCGCCCGGCUGCAACCCUCAGUCAGUGAGCAGGAGCUGCUCCGGUACAAGCGCAUCCAGCGCAAGUUUGCUGCCUGCUAGGAGCCCCCCAGGGUCUGGGACCUCGCUCAGCAUGGCUGCAGUAGAGACAGGGUUUCACCAUGUUAGCCAGGAUGGUCUCGAUCUCCUGACCUUGUGAUCCGCCCGCCUCAGCCUCCCAAAGUGCUGGGAUUACAGGCAUGAGCCACCGCACCCGGCCCGGGAGCCUGAUCCUUCUGACAUAAACACAAGGCAUGCAGGAACUGAAAAAGACUAUAUUGUUUACCCUUCCCUCUGCGGAACCCACAUCCCUGCACCCCAGCUGUAGUCUGCUCUAGAGGCUGGCCCUGGUGUGGGGCUGCUGGUCCCCAUCUUCCAGACAGAGCCUAGCAGUGCCUGGGCAGAGGCUUGUGGGAGCUGAGGCCACACUCAGUCUGUCCUCUGGAGCACGUGGAUAAAGUAGCAGGGAACGUAGGCUUGGCCUGGCUUGUAAGGCUUGAAGUCGCCCAGGACGCUGUGCUGGCACUUGCCCCCGAAGGCUGCUUGGAGCAACUCCGUGAAGGAUGCCAGACAGUGUGGGUAGUAGGAGAGCCGGAACUUACUGUAACAGAGCCCCCAGCAGCCAUGAGGACUGGUGACCUCAGCUCCCCCAACUACCGCCUCACCCCCACUGAGCCAAGUGGUACCUCAAGCCAGGAGAGCCAUCCUGGCCAGCCCCUGGCACCUGAACCGUAUAGUCCAGGGUCACCAUGUGGGCCUUGUUGUUGACUAUCAGCACUGAUGUUGUGACGUCCUUGGUCAAGUCACUCUGUAGGUGGUGGGGCAGGCUGCAUUAGCCUCUGUAACCCACCUUGGGGCCACUGGACCCUCCUCCCUCCACCCCACCCCCACCCCCACCCCCACCCCCACCCCCACCCCCACCCCCACCCCCACCCCAGAGGGCCCCACCUUAUAGUAGAUGUUCUUCCCUGGGGGCGCACAGCCUGUGCUGAGGAUGUGGUCGUAGUUGCGAUGAUCAAUGACCAGCAGGCCCCCUGCCCGCACCAUGCUCGCAAUCUUUUUCAGCGCCAGCCGGUGCUCACUCUGGUCCCCUGAGCUCCAGGCAGGGGCAGAAAGGCUCCAUCUGCUCAGGGCCCCCAGCACCAGUCUCCCUCCCAUCUCUCCCCUCCCCAGGGGUGCCAGAGCCAAGGCAGAGAGUCUGCUUUGGCAGGAGAGCAGGUGCCCAGAGGUCUGUGGAAGGGGGCCUCAAGGCGGGGGCCAUGCCCAAGGCCACACCCUCUCUCACCUUUGCAGUCUGGCAAGUGAGCAAAACUGUUUCCAAGGCAGAUGACAGCAUCAAAGCCACCCUCUGCUGACUGGGGCACAUCUUUGUCCAGGGUCAUCCAGUUGGCUUCUUCGAUGACUGGGGGUCAGGAAGGGAAAGAGGAAUCAGGGAGGCACGAUGGUACCAGUAGCAGCCACCUCCACCAAGUGCAGUCCUGCCUGGGUUUCUUCUUAAGACACACAAGCUCCCCGUUCAGUUAGGGGGAGGAGAAAAGAGGGAUCAAGGGAGGAGGAACCCUGGUUGGGAAGGAGGGCUCUGUGCUUAUGGGUUUUUCUUUGAGGGGAAGGACAAGAUACCACAAACACAGUUAAAACUGGCUCUUCACACCCGGUGUCUCAUUCUGGAGCUUAAGACUUGCUUUUCAGAGAAAUGACAGUAAUUUUUCUGUCUCCCCGAGGAAAACACAACAAUCCACCCCCGCCCCCACUUAAAGGAGCCCCAGGCAGAAUGAACAGUAUUCCUGGUGACUGGGCUGGGGGGCCUGGCUAGACCUGCAUACCCCACUUGUCGAAGGCAGGCUCGUGCCGCCGGUUCCAGCGCUCCUUAAGCGCAUACUUCAGCAUCUUGUCACUGGCAUCCACACUCGUCACACUGAAGCCCUCUUCCACCAGCAUAAUGGAGUCCACCCUGGGUAGGGCCAGGGAGAAGAGGCAGAGAGAGGCAGUCAGGGGAGCCUGGGAGGGCCAGGAGGAGACCCUGCACCGGACACUUUUGUCUCCACUUCUCAAAGUCCAUUCCUCUGCCUCCUCUCCCCAGGCCCUCUCCACUGACCUCACAAAUCUGUUUCCUAUCACCACAAGGCAACUUUUUUUUUUAAAAGCACCUCUUCAGAGUCAGGCACUCUACAAAUAUGCAUUAAUUCUCAUGGCAAUCCUGAGAGGUAAAUGGUGUCAUUCCCAUUUGAGAGAGACAAGCUGAGGCUCCUCGAAGUUAAAAUAUGUGUGCACAAAAGGCAGUAGAACAUGGUGGUUUAGAGCACAGGACAAGGCCGGGCGCGGUGGCUCAUGCCUGUAAUCCCAGCACUUUGGGAGGCCGAGGUGGGCGGAUCACGAGGUCAAGAGAUCGAGACCAUCCUGGCUAACACGGCGAAACCCCGUCUCUACUAAAAAUACAAAAUAUUAGCCGGGCGUGGUGGCGGGCACCUGUAGUCCCAGCUACUCAGGAGGCUGAGGCAGGAGAAUGGCGUGAACCCGGGAGGCGGAGCUUGCAGUGAGCCGAGAUGGCGCCAUUGCACUCCAGCCUGGGUGACAGAGCACGACUCCGUCUCAAAAAAAAAAAAAAGAAAAAGAAAAAGAAAAAUAGAGCACAGGACAGACCUUAACCAACCCGGGCCUGUUAGCUCCUUUUCACUGGAUGAUGUAUGAGGGACUUUUACUUUGCUGAGGCCUUACUUCCCCAGUAGUAAAUGAGAGAAUAUCACUGCUUAACUUCAUGGGGCUUUGUGAGGGUUUGAAAAACUGAUGUAUCAAAAGCUCCUGGCACUGGGCUUGGCAGGUACAAAUGUUGAGCAAUGUUAACACUGCCCAAGGCCAUCACAGGAGAAAUAUUUGCAGUCUGUCCGUGGCUCUGGCUCCAAAGCCUCAGGGACGCUCACUUUUUCUCCCCACACCCUCACUCACACUCAGUCUCCCUUCUCCGGGGCUUCUCCCUGCGCAACGCUACCCAGACCCCUGGCCUCACAGGGCACUCGCAGUGCCUGUUCUGCCGGGCAGGUACCUGCUCCUGGCCCUGGUGUCCCACCCGUUCCAGGCUGGCAAAGGCCGCCCUGACGUGCCCGGCCCUGAGGUUCUGCGGCCGCGCGGUACAGGCUGAGCCAGACCCCGAUCUCAUGCAACGCCCCCGGCCCCGGCCUGGGCUCACCCGGUGCCACAGGCCACGUCGAGCACCCGCUGGCAGCCGUGCUGGCGCAGCAGCCCGAGCAGCCAUGCCUUGUACUCGGCGGUGCGGCUGCGGGUGUCCCCGAUGUACAGCUGCCACACGCGCGCUGCCUCCCCGUCAGCGUACUGGUCCGGGAGCCCUUCGGCUGCCACCCCCAGGGAGCGGGUCCGGUACACGCUGUCCACCAUCCUGCGCCGCGCCUAGCUCCGCAGCCACCCGCUCCGCACUUAUAGCACAAGCACUGCUGGCAGCCGACGGCCCCACCUGGCCAAUGGCAGGUGAGCGCGCGGACACGCCCCUGCUGGGCUUUGGGCCGCGCGCCCGAGUCUGUCCAGCUGCGUGGAGGGCGCUGCCUCGCAAUCCUGGGCUAGGUCAUUUUAGGCAGCCUGCGGACCCAGCCCUCUGCGCAAUCUCACGGCGGGAGGGGACCCUCGGAGCCCUCUGUCCACUUAACCUGGGUGUCGAGGAGAAGGCGAGAGGGGCCAGGAGAGGCGGGAGCAAUGAGAUUGCCACUCCAUCCCCUGAGAUCUCCGCAGAGCUGAGCGCCAGGCGGGCAGAACUGGACCGUUCCCAGGGAAGGAAGGCAUCAGCAUAUCUAAACAAAGAAUGUGCAGCCGAAGUGUGUAGGUCUAGUUAGCCGGUGCAGGGAAGACAGGGGGAGUCUCUGGAGGUAAAGCUGGUCUGUCCACCGAAACCCAGGGGCGGAACCGGGCUGGAAGAAUGCUCCCCGCCCACCUGGAGGCCGACGUGCCUCUGUCGUGUAGGUGACCAUCAGGCUUUUCCCUGAGCCUCUUAAGGUGUAAGUUGGGCCUUGCUUCCAAUUUCUGGACCACUGAGAACCCUUCUAAGGACCCUCUGCUGGCCGGGCGCGGUGGCUCACGCCUGUAAUCCCACCCUUUGGGAGGCCAAGGCGGGUGGAUCACCUGAGGUCAGGAGUUCGAGCCCGUCCUGGGUAACACGGUGAAACCUGGCUAACACGUCUCUACUAAAAAUACAGAAAAAUUAGCCGGGCCAUGGUGACACGCCCCUGUAGUCCUAGCUACUCGGGAGGCUGAGCCAGGAGAAUCGCUUGAACCCGGGAAGGCGGAAGUUGCAGUGAGCCGAGCGCACCACUGCACUCCAGCCUGGGCAACGGAGCAAGACUCCGUCUCAAAAAAAACCAAAAACGGAAAAAACAAAAAAAAAAACCCCUCUGCUUUCACAGGAGGCAGGAAAAUAGGGUCUAGAGACAGGGAACAUAAGGCCAAUUCACACUUCAGUUAUAACGGGAAAUAUCCUCUCCAUAGGGCGUAUGCCCGCCAUUAAUAACUUUGUAACUGUAACUUUACUUCAUCCUCUUCAUUUACAUAGGGCAUACCCCAAGUAGAGGGUAUUUAAACCCACAAAAACUCUGUAACAGGGCCUUUGAGCCCCUAUGCUCAUGCUCGCUCCCACACUUUGGAGUGUACUUUCAUUUUCAAUAAAAUCCUUCAUUCCUUU